AUGAUCACCGCAAUCAUUUUUCUUCUUUUCGCACUUCCAUUUACCAAUGCCCAAUAUGGAUCAAACGAUGCUAGCAAGACAACUAGUGCAUCGUCGAGCACUACAGCCUCGGCAUCAAGCGGCACCCACAAAGUCGAGGUCGGCUCAGGCGGCAUUACAUUCAACCCGGAUACACUUACCGUAUCUCCAGGAGAAAAAGUCGUAUUUCAUUUCUUCCCACAGAAUCAUUCCGUGGUCCAAGCUUCCUUCGAUAGUCCCUGUCAACCCAUGAAUACGUCAGGCUUUUCUACUGGGUUCGUCCCAACUACGACGGAAUCAGAAACCAUUUUUACUCUGACAAUCAAUGACACAACUCCAAUCUGGUUCUACUGUGGUCAGUUUGGGCAUUGUCAGGGCGGCAUGGUUGGGGUUAUCAAUCCACCAUCAAAUGGCCCGGAAACCCUUGACUCUUUUAAAAAGGCCGCCUCUACCGCUGUAGGCAGCACUGCACCUGAAACCGUUCAAGGUGGUCUCCUGGGGAAGUCUGGAGGGGAUGCCUCGAGCUCGAGCUCGAGCGUCACAACUAGCUCUACUGCUAAGCCGACUAACGCUGGUAAUAGUGAGCUGAAUACGUACGAACGCUCGCCCCUUUUGGCCCCGUCAGAGUACAAAGCAGUGCACCCUGCGGAAUCGGCACCAACCAUUCGAGACGGUGAUCUAACCUUGGCUGAGAGCGGUGCUUGCAUGGAAUUUACUCGCGAGUACGCCAACGCCGAAUUGUCCCCAGACCAAACACACCAUUCUUACGGGUGA